ACGAAUAUUGUUGGGACUGUUAGCAAUUAGCCUGAUCCUGCUUCGACUGAGGCCAACUGUUUAGUUGCUGACAUAGUGAGCGAAUAUUGGGACCCUAACCCUUACUCCUUAGCCAGGAGUAACGACCCACCAGUAAACUCAGGUCAGAAGACAGAAGAGAUUUUCCUGUUUCCAGCUCUCAUACAGAGAGAGACAUUUACAUCCCACAAAGAGGCAUGGAACAUUUAACUGAACUAACCCUAGAGGAAGCAGCUGCAAGGGCCAAUCAAGAUGCCUGGAUGCAUAUCAAGGAGGAUUUCAGGAAAAUGCGUUGGACUGUGAUUUUUUGCAUGCUGUCUGUGCUUGUUCUAACAUUACCCACAGCCUAUCUGCUGGUUGGAAGUUUCAGAGCCCACAAACCUGGCCUGGAUCAGGUGGCAGAAGAAAGAGCGCCGAAUGCCUUAAAGCAACAGGCAGCAACUACUUAUACAGUAUUCACUGAUGAAAAGCCAAGAGCACACCUAACAGUUAAGAAACAGGACAGCCAAUCUGCUGAAAGAAACCAGUUUCCAGUUCUUCAGUGGGAAGACAAACGAGGCUUGGCAUUUACCAAGAACAACCUGAAUUAUACCAACAAAUCAUUGGUGAUACCAGAAGCUGGAGAUUAUUUCAUCUACGCCCAGGUCACUUUCCGAGGGCCCAUUCCAGAUCCCUCUAAUACAGCUUCCGUAACUCAGAUCAUUACCAAAGUCACAGACAGCUAUCCUGAGCCAACUCAACUGCUGACUGGCACCAAGACUCUGUGCGAAAAUACAGAAAACCAGUGGGUCCAACAUAUUUAUCUAGGGGCUGUGUUUCACAUGCUGGAAGGAGACAGACUGAUGGUCAAUGUUAGUGAUAUCCGAUUGGUGGAUUACACUAAGGAACACAAGACUUUCUUUGGUGCUUUCUUACUGUAGGUGUCUGGCAACAGCCAAGAAGGACUUUGACUCCUCAGGGUCCUGAUACUGUAUUCCUGACAUGAGAGUUUUCACAAAUUACUUCAGUGAGUGCAAAAGCAUCUUAUAUUCUCAGUGUUAUUCUGUUUCUGUAUUCUCAGUUACCAGCAGGCUAGGGUAGCCCAUGAUUUAGUUUACCGCUGUGGGAAAAGGUUGAAGUUAGAGGCUGAAUAUAAGCUUAUCAUUAAACCAAAUACAGUGACAAACUAUACUAAAAUAUAUGCAGAGGAGACAGAUUAAAACAUUCCCAAAUUAAAGCUGGGGAUUUCAUAGAUGCCUGCAAACAAAAGGCAGUCUAUAGGUGAGGGGGAAAUACUUAUCUUAAUGUAACCAAAUCUAUGUUAAGUGAUUCCACUGCAAUAAGCAACCUCCUUUUCUUAAGUAAACACUUUAAACUACCCCCAAUGUUUCCAGUAUAACAUUGCCUUGUCCUUUUACAAUGAAGAUCUCAAAAAGAUGAGUUGAUAUUUGGUAGUUCCCUAUAAAUAUGUUUGCUCAGUAUUUGGCAAUAAUAUAACACUUAAAUCUUCAAAGCACUGUUCUCUCUUUAUCUGUUUAAUUAAUCCCUCUCAAUUGCUGUGGGAAGUAAAUUAAAAUCAUUUGGAGUUCUCACAAAAAAUCACCUAAAUUUUUCUUCCAGGAAGUUGUUCACUAUUCUAUUCUGAACUAAUCUGCAACCUAGGCUGUAUCUCUUUCUAUAAAUUGUCUAUUGGAAAAUGUUCAUGGUUUCUUGCAAAACCUCUCAGGAAAAAAAGAAGAAAUGUUAGCACUGGUUGAAAAACUGGGAUAUGAGAAGAAGCUUUUCAUAUAGUCUCAGGCUUUUUUCUGCUCAUCCUUCAUAAAAAUUGAGCAAAGACCUCUGCAAAAAAAUCAAAUACUAAGAAUGUCAACCUGGUCUAUAACAUAAAUGAUUCCUGAUUUUUCUUUGGUGGGGGGGGGAGGGGAAGGGAACAGUAGAUGGGAGAAGGGAACAACUAUAAUAUCUUAGAAGUGUCACAUAAUGGGUGCCUAUACACAUGCCCGACGCCUGCUCCGAAGUGUUCUACUUUGACACAUUGAACAAGCUUGAGUUAAAGUGCCUCUGCUGCCAUUUUGAAGCACAGGGUGCUGAAUACAUGAGAAUCUGUGGGUGCUUUAAUUAGAGUGGCUCCUGAGAACUGUUCUAAUUAAAGUGCCCUUCCCCUCCGCACCUGGAGCAUGUGGAAAGAUGCCCAUUGAAUACAAAAAUGAUUUUUUUCUUUUUAAACUUUGAAGGUCUUACCUCCCCUGAAACCAGGUUAUCAAAGCAAAGGAAGCUCCAGUUUUCUUUAGGGUGUUGAGACUGUAGAGAAAGAACAAGAGCCACUGGGUGCCAGAGUGAGAUAAGAGUCAAUAUCAAGGCUACUGUGGGCAGUAGCAGGGGCAGACGGGGGCAAGAACACUACUCAGGAACACUUCAUUUCCAGUGCCAUCGGCUUUUUUAGGCUCAUGGUUCUCAGCCUGUGUUGCACAGAUCCCUGGGGCUCCACAAGAGGUCAUCAUGGCUUCCACAAAGAGACUGGGGGUAAUGGUGGAGUGGGCCAGAAGACAGUGCAGCAGCAUUGUGGGGCCAGGUCACCUGGCUCCAUAUCAAUAUUUAAGAUAGAGGUAGAGGUUCUCUAGUAGAAGAAGAGAUAUGAAAGGGUUAUGUGUCUUCAGGAAGUUUGAAAACCACUAUUUUAUACCAUAAUGUCUUUGAGGGAAAAUCCCUGGCAUUCCCUCCCCAACCACUAUAAAUAAUUCACUGAUGAUGACUCUAAUCAAGUUUACUAGACUUACAUUUUAUAUUCUUAAGAAUGUCUAAGUUUCAAAAUCAGUCAAGUAAAAACAACAUUACUAAACGCACCCCAGUUUGUAACCUGAGUUAUCUUAUCUGAGGAACUUCCUCCCUUUUCAUUUUUUUCUUCCAUAUGUCCAGAGAAAGUAACCCUGCAUGAUGUAUGAACUCAAAGUGCUUUCUGAAUGCCAUACAUCUAAGAGACUUUCCUCCCAAAGCAAGUAGAUACAGAUAUCAUGCAAGUAUUGCAUUGCAGGACAUUACAGAAAUAGCUUCCAGAGGCAAAUUUCAACUAAAGCUAGCAGAAAUAUUUCAAUUUAAGGUCAAACAAGGAGUGUUUUUUGAGAUCAACUCCAAAAAUCUUAGAAUUAUAGUGGUCCUGCGAAUAGAGAAUGGGAAAAACAAUGAUGAGACAAUUGAUUUAAAAAUUGGCAUAUACUAUUCUGAAUUCUUAUGAAAAAAUCUGGCCCCCUUUUUGAUGGCCUAGUAUGGGAACAGGCAAUUCCCCAUAGGCUGAAUUUAGCACAUCUAUGAAAUAUAUGCAGAUUAGGAUUGGAGAAGGAUUGGAGGGGCAGUGCCAUGAUUCAAGCAGUCCCAUAACAGUUUUAGAAAUUCACAGUGUUUUCUUUCUAUAAUGAGGUGCUGUGGAAUUGUUCUUUGAUCAUAAUGCAGUCCCAAUAAAUUAGAUUUCUACUCCUGAUUUCCAUAUCUUUAUCUCUAAGUCCUCAUGACUUUAUGCCUGGUGCACUAAAUCAGGGUAAAACAAGUUUAGGGAAAAGAAGUGUUACACGCAGUACUUGGCACAUCAUAAAGAGCAGAGUCCUAUGGGAUAUGUAUAUUCUGCUCAUGUCUUAAGAAGCCCUAGAGCAAUAAUAAGUCUUUUAUCUCAUGAGACAAUUUCUAGCCACUGCAUAUUCAUCAUACAUUUCACAGCUAAAAAUAUUGCCUGCUGCAACCCCAAAUUAGUUGUCAGUCCCUUUUAUCCAAUUAGCCACAGCACAAACAAAUGUUUACUUUUCAAGAGUCUAUAAUCAUAGUCUUACUUAGUAUAAUCUUUUAUAUGCAACAUUAUUUUCAUUAUAAUUGCUUUAGAUGUGUUAUUUGACACGUGCAUAUAUUUAUGCUGUCACAUUUUAUAUAUGCAAGCAUUUUUUCUUGGGUCACUUGUUUUAGAGUGGUGCAGACCUAUUAACCCACACACAGUCACUAGUGAAAACUUCCUUUGUUGUCUGUGGAGGGUGAUCUUAUAAUAGUAUAUAUAAAGAGAAACAGGUUCUGAGCUCACUUAUACUGGCCUCUAUUUGGCAUAAAUCCGGUGAAGUCAAUAGAGUUAAAUGAAAGCAGAACCAAUGUAGCUGAGAAAGCAACCAUGCCAAACAAAUGUUUGUAAUUAAUGAUAAAGCAUGUAAUUAAUGAUAAAGAGUUGAUUGAAACGUUGAGACUGUCAAGUAAUUCAAAACCAAACUUUAGAUUAUUUUUCCCCCAAAACUAUUUUUCCCCCAAAACUAUACAGAAUGUUUUCUCAGAAAGUUUUCAAAUGCAGUAGAAAUACUUCUUAGUUUUAAAAAUCCCAACAUUUCUGGAAACCCAAAUGCAUGUGCAUGUUUCUAAUUAAUAAGACAAUUAAACUAAAACCAUGUGAAUAUUUGUUUGUUCAAAUAUGCUGCAAAAUAGAAAAUAUCUAUGUAAAGGAGGUUGUCUUGAACAAAUCUGAAACUAAAUUUGUUUCUAACCUUGUCCCAAGACAAAUCUCUUGUUUUUGUUUAGCUAACUAAAUUUUUAAGUCCAGUCCAAACUUGGCUAGGUACAGACAUUCAAAAAGUCUGAGACAGAAUCAAUCUAAGUUACACAGUUUUCUGUAAGUGGCGUAGUUUACAUCGGUAACUAACAGAAGACACGUUUGCCCUUUGGUAGGGGCCAGGGGCGGCAAAUCUUAGACUGGGUUCUGACACUUUUAAACCAGUCUGUGUGUGCUGAACUUCUGUUAUGGAUAUAAACCGGUUUCUGAUCAUUUAGACCAGUAAAUGUGCAAUGUCUGUACCUGGCCCUUAGGUUUGUCUUGUUAUCAAGGUUUUGAUUUUAAAAACAAAAACAACCCCCCCUCCCCCUCCCUUUACUCAGUUUUGGCUGUAAAGAAAAAAAGUUGUUUUGUUGUUCUUUUUUCUGAAGCAAGGGCUUGAAACACUGCAACCCUACCCUGUGCAAACCAGUCUCCUGAAUUUGAGUCAUAUUCAUCAGUAUCACACUCAUCUUCCUCUCCAAAACGGCAUUUUUUUAACACAAACUAAAAUAUUUUACUUUAUCAGUAGUAAGUGAAACUGACUGUGCCUCAGUCCAAUAAAUACUUGUGCAUACUUGGUUUUGGGAAUGUGAGCAGUCCUACUGAUGCUAAUGGACUACAGAAGUAGCCCUACUGAUACUGAGAUGAUUCAAACCUUGGUCCAAGUAUAAGUGUUUGCACAAUCAGGAUCUAUAAGCAUAAAGUGAAAUGAUGAGCAAAUGAAAUGCAUAAAGGAAGUCAUCUUCACAAAUGGAAAAGAUAAUUUUGUGUUUAAUAUGCUUUAGAUUGUGAACCUGAAAUACAAUUCUGUUGGGAGAUGCCUAGUUAUAAAGGGAAACUGAACAGGUGCAAAAAUUAUUUGCACAGGUCAAGUUGCCUGAUUAAGGCAUUAACAUGUCAUUCCCUAAAGUGUUAUUAACAAAACAAAUUUGGACAAACUUUAAAGAAAUAUGAUUUUUUACUUGGACAGUGUCAACCUCCAAUGCACGACAUGCUGUGGUUUACAAAUAUCCUGGGUGGCCCAUCAUUUCAAAUGUGAAAUGAAAAAAAUGUCAUUCUUUAAAAGAAUCAGACUCUGAAUGUCAAGAAUGUUUGCCCAAAUCUGGGUGUUAGCAACAAGUAUAGCAUUUUGCUAUAGAAGUGUAUUUUCAUAUAAGUUACUAUGUAUUGUCUUAUACUAGAAUACUGUUGUGCUUCUUUCGCAGUAACAUAGUCUUUGUGUAGCAUUUUCACAUUAUUAUAAUAAAAAUACAAGAUAAUGAUAUGUGACUAAUUCUUAGCCACCUCUGGCUAUUGAAACAUCUGUUCAGUCCAGUUGCACUGACUAAUACAUGUGAAAUAUAGAUGGUGUUUCAGAAAAAUAACAUUUUUAAUGUACCAUGUGUGAAUAAUACCAUUUUAAUGUGCAGCUGAAAGCAAAAACAUUCCACCAAGGCAAAGGAACUCAACAAGUGUUAACUCAUUCCAAAGAAAUUGGAAAAUAUAAAGCUACAAUAUCCCAGGGGGAAUAUUUAUCAUUGUGUUACCAGACAAAAGGUGGAUAAAUAGAAGUCAGACUUCUUGAUCUGUCUUUUUGGAAAAAUUAGACUCUUUCUUAAAUCAGAAUUAAAAGACUGGGCAGGAAAGAUACAAACAGAUUUUUUUUCUGUUUCACUUAUUCCACUUACAGGCAGAGGAAACAGUGGUUUCUUGCGGGGGGUGUUUUCUUGGUGGGGGAAGGGUUGUGUGUUAAGAAAAUUCCUGCUCCAUCCAAACUUCAAAACCAACUACCUGAGAAGGGUAGUGGCAUUUCUAUUCAGACAGUGCUGAGAGAGUCAAUUGACUUCAUGGCUCAUUAUCAUCUCCCUUUUCCUGUUAAUCUCUCCCCCCUACACAGAUGUUAAUGGUCUUGAUAUUUCACUCUUCAAAUUAUCUUUUCUUCUGCAAUUUUGCUCUUUGUUAGCCAUUCCUGGUAAUGUCUGUCUUGUAUUUCACAGUCCUGCAAAAACCUAAACUCAGACAUGGUAAUAUUAACUUAGGUAUAGAAAUGAAUGAUAGGGAGGUAUCGGGGGCACUGUCAAGAUGAUCAAGAAGGCUAGGUUUUGUUUUAUGGAUCUGAAUAAGAGAUGUAUAUUCACCUAUAAUGACUACAGGACUAAUGAUACAAUAUCCUUUAAUUAUUUUUUGCCUAGUUAGCAAAGUUGGGCACAUUCCAAUAGUUAUAUUUGUUUUUUACUUUGAUCUUAAACCGAAUAAAAUAGUGCUAGCCCCGUAUUGGUAAAAAUUUGAGUUUCUCUUUAAUUGUAGAAAAAAUGUGUGUUGUGUUAUAUGUGAUAAUGUACCAUGACAUCUGCACCCCCUCCUCCUUUUCAAAAUCCUAGAUUUGUCCAUGUGAACAAAUGUAAACCUGCUUAUUAAUGUAAAUCACCUGUUAGGUCAGUUGCUCAAGUGAAAAAUGUUUGCUUUAAUCAUAGCUAGCUUUAAUAUACAUUGCUUUCAUGUACAUUGGAUGCUAGAAACAGGGUGUUUUCCAAAUACUCUGUUUUGGGUGACUACACAAAAUUCCCAUAUGCAGUUUUAACCAGAAGAUGAUCACAUAUCUAUAUGAAGGCAACAAAGCCUUGUUCUUCUAGGUAUUCUUAGUUCAGAUUUAUCUCACACAAUAGAUUUCAGAUCAUUUCAAUGUAAUGGCAACAUUUGUUAGAUUUUCUUCUUAUUUCCUGGUCAAGUUUGUUUCUAAUUACUAUUUAUGUUAAUGCAGAUGCUGAUGGAGAGGCAGUUGAGAUUAGAAAGGCUAACCCCAUUAGGAUUAUUUAGGAUUUUUAAAAUGUUCAUUAUUUCAACACAGUUUCAAAUAAGGUUGAUGAAGGUGGGCAGGCUUUCCUCCCCACCUCCAUUAUAGUUUCAUAGUCGCUAGGGUCAGGAGGGACCUGA